AUCCAAUCCUUGUGUAAAAUGGUUCAUCUGAAUAGACUGACGGUAACCCAUUGGUUUUUUAGCUCUGUCAGUUUUCACCAUCGCGUCGUGACUGGCAUUUCCCUAAUUUUGGUGUGGUGUCACGACAUCGCGACUUCAAACGAAGAAACUGAACGCGACUGACCUUGCUUUAGACAACUCAACAUGGAGCUCGACGAUUUCGACGCAGUCUUUGGUGACAGCUCCAAUUCUUUUGACCCUGACGAUUCUGAGCCUCUUUUCCUUAAUUCGCUCAACAAAAAUUUGAUCAAUGUUUCCACCGAGUCCUCAUUGGCAAAAAAAAGAAAGCUUCAACCGGAUGUCGAAGAAUCAGUUGAGAAGGAGAACAAGAGAAGCCAUUUGGACACUUUAUUUGCCAAUGCUACUCCAUUGAACGAAAUGCACAGCAAACAACCCGAUAUGGCCAAAGGCAAUGCAGAUACCGGCUCAGGUACGGUGGACUAUAGCCAACCUCCUGCGACUGGUGCGUACAUAACAGCUACGACCUCUAGUGGCCAGAAGUUGUAUUUUCCAAAGAAAGUACGAAUGGCGAAGAAAGUGCCUCAAAGCAUGCUUAUUCGAGAACAUAUGGCGAAGUCUACUCUUUUGGCAAAACCUAUCUGGAAGAUGCUGGAAGAACUGGAACUUGACGCAGUCGACAAACUUCGGGCAUUCGAGCAGGAAGAGAGGGAACAUGACGAAAAACUGUUCAAUGAGGCAAUGCAAUCGCCCCCAAAAAAGCGUAGAAAGGAUAAAUCAGCACGACGGUUCAACUCUGUGGAUUCUCAUAAAUUGUGGGUUGACAAAUACCGACCGUCGUCAUUUGUAGACCUUCUUGGCGACCAGCGAGUGAAUCGUGACGUCCUUCGAUGGGUGAAGCAAUGGGACUACUGCGUGUUUGGAAAGGAGCCGCCAGUGGAUUGGCUGAAAGAAAAGAUGAUGAAGCAAAAUGCCGCCAACGCAAUGAGCGCAAACGAUAAAGGUUUCAACAAUUUUGGAAAUAAUCGUUUUGAUCAGCCACAGGAUCAAUUGAAGCGGCCUGAAAAGAAAAUCAUACUCUUAUCCGGACCUCCAGGCUAUGGUAAAACCACACUUGCACAUGUGAUUGCCAAGCAGGCUGGAUACAAUAUUAUAGAAGUCAACGCAAGUGACGACCGAACUGGUGAAGUGGUUAAAUCCAAAAUUAAGGCAGCACUCGAGAUGCAAGCCAUCAUUCAGAGUUCAGAGUCGUCUGCCGACAAAUCAUUUUCUCAGAAACCAAAUCUUUUGAUUAUAGACGAAAUUGAUGGUGCAAGUUCAGGUGGUGGUAGCGAGAGUUUCAUAAAGGUACUUGUCAAUAUAGUUACAGCAGAAACCAAUGCGAACAAUAAGAAUCAGCAAAGAGGUUCAAAGAAACCUUCGCUGCAAAAAGCCCUCUUACGACCAAUCAUCUGCAUUUGCAACGAUCCAUAUGCUGCCGUUCUACGACCUCUACGACAAAUAGCACACAAUGUCACAUUUCGCAAAGUACCAACACUUACAAUUGCCAAAAGAUUGCAUACCAUUUGCGAACUUGAAGGCCUUACAACUGAUAUGCGCUCACUCAAUGCACUCUGCGAGAUCACAGACGGUGAUAUCCGUAGUUGCCUCAAUACCCUACAGUUCAUUCGCGGAAAAAGUACAAACUUCACCAAAGAUAUGAUCGAACAUACACCAUUAGGCAAAAAGGAUGUUGGAAAGACAUUGAACUCUGUAUGGAAUGAUAUAUUCAAUGCAAGGAAUGCCAAAAAGAACCGCGCUUUUGGAGCAACUGCCCUGGAUGAGAAUGAGAACGCCUAUGUUAGUCGGAUAGCAGAAGGUGCUAUCACUAACGGUGAAUACGAAAGGCUCAUGCAAGGAUGCUUCGAGAGUUAUCCCAAAAUGAAAUUUCACGAUGUAGCGGGUGCAAAGAUCGUUGCGGCAUUCGACUGGUUAUACUUUUAUGACCUUAUAAACCACCGAAGCAACAAUCAGCAUCAAAAUGGCCUAUAUGGGUAUUUGCCGUAUCCCCUUGUCAAUUUCCAUCGGUACUUUGCUGGGACUGUCGCUCAGGAGCACAAAGUCGAAUACCCCAAAGUGGAUUAUGAGAACUUUUUGGCCAAGAAAUCAUUUACAAACCUGUCAAACAUGCUUAUAUCUGGCAUGAGUGUUCAUCAGCGUCGAAAUACGACGAAAGAAAACAUAACCACUGAACUCCUCCACCAGCUGUUACGCAUCAUUUCACCACAGUUACGACCAGUUAACCAUCAGCUCAUAAAACCAGCCGAGAAAGCAAUCCUUGGUCGACUAGUUGAUAUCAUGAUUGAUUUCGGUCUCACUUUCGUACAAGAAAAAGUAGAUGAGGGCCGAUUCGUUUACCGUUUGGAACCACCUAUAGAGCAAUUGGUCCAAUUUUCUGCUCAGAGCAGUACUUCUAAAUUGGCUGGCCAAUACUCGGUUCGCCAAAUGAUCUCACAUGAAAUCGAAAAGGAAUUGCUGAGGCGACACGAAGGAACUGCUGAUCAAGAAGCAUCAGAAAUUAAUCAGAAAUCUAAAACCAAAGCCAAAGCCAAACCGGAAGAAGUCAGACCAAAACCGUUGGAAGUCGUUUCGGAGAAAAUUGCCACAGAUUUCUUUGGCCGAGCCGUUGUUUCCAAACAAUGUGAUACCGAUAUGGAUACCACCACAGACAUUACCGCAUACCAAAAGCCAAAGGUCUGGUACCGAUUUCAUGAAGGCUUUUCGAAUGCUGUACGGCAGCCUCUUCAAAUCAAGCAUUUUCUUUAACUCGUGAGAGCACAUAUCAUAACGUAAUAAAUUUACAAGACGCAUUCUUUUUUUGGAUUUGUAAUUUGUUUAUUUACGAGCAGCACUUGAUUCUCCAAAUUGGCGUG